GAAAAGUCACCACAGCCACCAAAGUAAACAAAGAGCUUGUCUCUUUAUGUUGACAAGUGCUAACCUCUUCCUUUUUCUCCUAUCGAUGAAUAGAACACGUAUGAUUCAAAUGGGACGAAAGAAAAGUAUACUUCCUUUGAAGCCUGAUACCAACAGAGAUUCUCAGAGCUUAUUACUGGCUGGUAAUGCCAAUGGUCAACUUUACCUUUUCGCACUAUAGCUUACCCGACGGU